AUGAUGGUUAAAACAUUAGCUUUUCCGCUUCCGCUGCUGCUCGUGGCGGCCAUGUUGGGCCUCGGUAUGCCGCUUGCCAACGGUGCAUCAUCGAUAACGGUGGAAAAGUCGGCGUACAAAAACGUCGUCAUCGAGAUCAGGGAUAACGUGCCGGUGGACAACUGCCAAACGAUACUGCAGAAUCUAGAGAUCAUGCUAACGUCGGCUUCGCAGUACCUGUUCAAUGCACUCGAUAGCCGCGUGUACUUCGGCGAGGUGUCGGUGAUACUGCCGAACCACUGGCCGCAGUCCUGCAUCCCGUACAAUCAGACGCGAACGUCGGCGAGCGGCGAAACGGCCGACGUAACGAUCCGGCCGCAAACGAAGGCGGAACCAUCGAUCUGGACGCAGCAGUACGCCGGCUGCGGGGAGGCGGGCGAGCAGAUCUACAUCGACCCGGACAUUCUGGGGCGGGAAACGAUCUGGCGGGAGUUUAUCCGCGAGUGGGCCAAGUACCGCUACGGAAUGUUCGAUGAGAUCGGGUACGAUCGCGAUCCGGUGUAUCCGCGGUGUUACAUCAACGACGAGCACAAGGUGAAGCUGACCGGCUGUUCCGACGCACCGGUGAACGAUGAGGGACUCUGCGGAACCACAUCGUCCAGUGUACAGCCGGGACGUUGCUGUGGUAGUUCCGUGCCCAUCGUGCAAAAGCAAUCGCUGGACUCGUUCGAACGCAUCCUUCCCCCGAUGACGGUGUUCGUCAGCCAAGCGGAUCUCGUCAAUGCGGCCAAGGUUCCCGUCGGUCGCAUCAGCGAUCUCAGUGCGGACGUCGAAGGCAUGAAGGUACGGCUCAGCUGGACCUUACCUGACAUGGGCGGCAAGAACGUGGCCCGGUACGAGGUGAAGUACGCCACCACGAUCAAGGACAUCGUGGACAACUUCGAUACGGCGGCCGUCCUGUGGCAUCACGACACUCCGUUUACUUUCUCGAUCUGA